AUGCCUACUCAAUUUCAAGUCACCCGGGAGUCGCCAGACCACAAUUAUUACGUGGUCACUGACGACGACCAAGGCGGCCAGCAUCAAUUCUACAUAGAAAACGCCCCGUAUGCUACGCAAAAGUCGGACCUCACAUUCUAUGAUGGUGCCGACAGUGAUGGCCCUGUUAUCGGCCUCUCCAAGUUCCUUCGCGGCUCAGCGGAUUGCGAUGUCACAUUAGUCGACGAGCAACUAAAGGAGGACUGGGUAUGCGUGAUGAAGAAAGGAUUCAUGUCUAUGAAAUACACCUUUCAGAUACCAGUCCGAGGGGAAUUAGGCAGUUUUGCAUGGAAGAAAACACGUUCAAUAGGUAGCGGCUCCACUUCACACGGAAACAUGAAGCUAGUCGACGAGCAGAGUCAAGAUGUUGUUGCGGUCUUCUCAUCAGAUCGUUUUUCCUUGGUUACUGGUCGUCUCGAUAUGCGUGAAGAUUACGGUGAUUCAUUUGAUCGAUGGGCACUUGUUACUGGAAUUGCUGUGCGAGAAAGCCAACGGCGCCAGAAUGUUAGAUCUAUGAGAGCUAAGGAAAACGUGUACUCUAUGGGAGGGUCUGGUGGCGGCGUAGGCUUGGCUGGGGGCGGCAAAGGGAUGGCUGGUGGGGGCGCCUAG